AUGGAACUUGUUCGAGAUAAACUGGGUUCAACCUGGAAUGGAGACCUUCGAGUAUGGAUUCCAGAGGAAAAAGGCUGGGAGAUGGAAUCCAACAUCGCAUUGGUAGGAAGUAUGACCAUUAUCCAAAAGAUGGAUUUGCAUAGUGUAAUUAGUCCAGUAGCCUAUUCACGAUUUCACACACCUUCGGCCACACCGGCUACCCCUACCCCACAUGCCAUUGUAGUCAACAUAUCAUCAGAUGACGAAGAGGACGGUGAAGGAAUUCACGAUGGAAUUGGCAGUCAUCAUCCUAGCUCUGACCUCCCAGAAGUGGAGGACAUUAUACCGACUAACCCAAACCCUUCUAACUCUAACCUAUCUACGGCUGAUGAUGAACCCCCGGCACCUACUGACAACACGGAACCCAAUGUAGUCACGCUAUUUCCCUAUCUAGAGCAAGGAUGGCCCACCCAACCGAGACCUGUUUCGAUGAAGUCACUGUGCGCUUUUGUGGCACUCACCGUGAAACCCAAAAACCUUUUGAUCAAAUCGGCUUUUAACAGGGUAUACGGCCAAACUCAUGUUUACGCUCCUUCGACCGUAUCCAAAUACCGUCGAUGGGUUAUAAGAAUUGAUGCAGAGGCGCUUAAUGCUUACAUCAAUAACGGCAACCCCACGCUGUCGCAUACAUUUUCAUAUUAUCUUUGGUAA